UCUUCUUACAAAGAACAAUGGAAAUGGCGAUGAGUUUCGUGUAUCCACCACCUCCGUCAAUAUUACUCAACACUAUGAGCAUCCUAGGCUUAGCCGCUCUUGCGCAGAUAGGUUGGUCGGAAGUGAGAGGAAACCAUCUCAAAUACUCAAAAUUCGCAGCUUCAUCAUCAUCACCACAACCAAAAAAGCAUCGAUUCGGCAGCUUCUCAAGCCGAACCGGAAUGCUUUUACUAUACACACCAGCCUUCCUAGCCGCAGCAGCUUCUUUCUUCAUCUUACCUUCCGAUGAUCUCCGCUUUCUUCUCCUCAAAUCCGCACUUGCCCUCCAUUUCCUCAAAAGAAUCUUCGAGGUUCUGUGCAUCCACAAAUACAGUGGAGGGAUGGCUGUAGACUCAGCUUUCGUCAUAACCAGCAGCUACUUCUCAUCAACGGUCUUGAUGUUAUACAGCCAAAGCUUCACACUUGGACAAACCGAGCCGCCUUUCGAUCUGAAACUCCUCGGGGUUGUCAUGUUUGUGGUGGGAAUCGUUGGGAAUCUGUAUCACCAUGUUCUGUUAGCUAAGCUAAGGAACGAAGAAGGUGGGAAGAAAGUUUACAAGAUACCAAAAGGAGGUCUGUUUAAUACAGUCAUAUGUCCUCACUACCUGUUCGAGAUCAUUGUGUUUUGGAGCUUCUUUUUGAUCUCUCAGACAAUUUAUUCGUUUUCUUUCGCCAUGGGAACUACUUUCUAUCUCAUUGGUCGGAGCUAUGCUACGAGAAGUUGGUAUCUUUCGAAGUUUGAUGACUUCCCUAAGCAUGUCAAGGCUCUUAUUCCCUUUGUAUUCUAGACAUAUGUUUCUAUUACUAAAUUCUUGUUCUUGAUUUUUUUUUUUGUCAAAAUUGCUUUUAUAUGUUUGUGAUUUACAUGAAUAAAAGUUUAUGAUUUUAAG